GCGUGCCGCUCGCCGGCGAGGGCGGCGUGUGGAAUUCUUCAAGGAUCCGUGUCAUCCUCUUGGCAGCCAAAACCGGCCGACUACGUUUACCGCCGCUCUGUAUAUUCAGUGGGCAGCGUCUCACCGACGAUGGAACCCAGUGAACCUAACUGGCCGCCUUGUAUCGUCGCACAAGGCACAGUGCUUCGCCAACGAUGGGUCGCGGGCGUCAUCAUUCCAACGUCCAUGUCCUCUUGGAGCCGACCGCGUAUAUAUCCAAGUCGUAUCUCGCUGGUGAUGGGAUCCAGGUGCGAUUCUUCGAGCGUCCACACCCUCUUCUUGACAGCCAGAUCGAGCCGACCGCCGACUUCCACGGCUUCUUCUACGCAGCCACAUCUCAGCGACCGCCUUGUAUCGCCCGGUCGCACAUCUGGGCGCAACAUCCACUCCUGAGAAGACCGCGGGUGGAAUGCAUCAGACACCCACGGCUUCUUGGCGGUGAAGUCUGUCUAGUCGCCCUGAACCGCCCCGCACAAUGGCCGCACCUCUCCAUGACGAAGAAGCGUCCGGCGGCAUGCCUCGAGUGCCUCAUGUCCUCCUGCUGGCAGCGACAUCUAGCAAGCCGCCUUGUGCCCCAUAAUAUAGAAAAUCUCUUGCCGACGAACAGAGUGGCUGGGGUGCCUGUUUCCCUCGACAGCCAUGUCUGGCCGCCUCCUCUUCGCAGCAAGAUAUAGCUACCCACUUUGUGCAAUCGCGCAGGUACCCAGGACAAGGGGGUUUCCCGGACCGUGGAGCGCGGGCAAGACACUCCUGAUGUCUAUACCUCCCUUAGCAGUGAGACCUGGCCGACCUCUGAUAUCCUAUAUACUGAAAGGCAGUGCCUUGCUCUCAUAGCGUAGUGCGGUGUGUGAUUCAGACCUUUGUGUCCUCCUCUUAG